AUGGCCGCCAAAAGAUUAGUUGUCGCCGGAGGAAGCGGCUUUUUGGGCUCAAGGAUUUGUAAAUCCGCAGCGGCCAGGGGAUGGACAGUCACCUCAUUAAGUCGAUCUGGUGAGCCUCGGUGGGAAUCUGUCUCUGAUUCUAAAGAGAGACCCAGCUGGGCAGGCUCCGUUGAGUGGGCGAAAGCCGAUAUCCUGAAGCCCGAGAGCUACAAGUCCUAUCUGAACGGCGCUUCAGCUGUGGUGCACACGAUGGGCAUCCUACUGGAAGCCGACUACAAGGGCGUUGUACAAGGGAAAGAACCCAUCCUUAGUGGCCUUCAGCGUGCUUUCAGUACUUCCAAGCUUGGAAGUCAGAAUCCUUUGGCGCGGCAAGAAGGCGAGGCGUUGGAGCCCAAAGAGAGCGACGGCCAAUUAACCUACGAGUUGAUGAACCGAGAUUCCGCUAUUGCGCUAGCUCAGGAAUCCACUAAUGAACAUGUUCCGGCUUUUGUUUACAUCUCUGCUGCUGCAGGAGCACCGCUUCUGCCAGCCAGAUACAUCAGCACCAAAAGAGACGCGGAAGCGGCCAUCUCAUCCAAUCUCCCAAACCUACGCAGCAUCUUCAUUCGUCCGGGUUUCAUGUAUGACUCCAGUCGAAAAUUCACGCUCCCGAUCGCAAUGGGUGGGUUUGUUGCAUCUGAGUUCAACACUUUCCUUGGAAACAAGCUUGGCUUCCUCGGGGCUAUGGCGGAAAAGCCUCUCAAGGUCGAUGUCGUGAGUGAGGCAGUGGUGGAGGCGCUAGAGGAUGAGUCCACCAAGGGUGCCGUCGGCACAAAGCAGAUCGAGGCACUUGCGACAAAGGCUUGGCGAAAGACGAUGCUCUAG